AUGGCACCGACACGCCAAGACAUCGAGGCACUUUUCAGACAGGUCGCUCCUCUGGCCCCGCCGCCGCACGGCGGAGCUGACGAGGAGUCCGAUGCCAAUGCCGCCGCUGCCGCCUGGCGCACCUCGCAGCUCAAGGACACCGUCCUCGCCGCCGCGCAGGACGCCUGGCCCUCGCGCCUAGACGACCUGGCGUUCAUAGCCGAGAAGGCUGCCGAUGCGGCGAGAGACGCCUCCUGGAGAGUGCCGAUAGGCGACUCGGGGCUGCUUGGCUUGUUCCUGGCCGUCAUCCCGGACGACAGACUGCCGCCGCUGCUGAAGAAACACACGCUGCGUCUGCUUGGCAACUCAGCUGCUGACUGCGAUGAGAACAGAGCCCGCGUAGUCGAGUCGGGCCAGCUAGGCAGCACCUUGAUCCGCUUCUUGCAGGACGACUUCCUGCUCCCCUUUACAGUGCUCGUCUUCCUCAACAUGUGUGUAGACUGCGCUCCGGCACAGCGCCAGGCCUCCGAGGCCGGGUUGAGUCGAGCACUCGUCGACAUUCUCUCUGGCGAACGGCUGCGGUUAUGCCAGUCGUCCCUUGGCGCCAUGGCCCAGGUGCUUGGCCUCAUCGCCAACCAAGAAUCGGAACCCAAAUUCGUAAAUGUAGCCACGCCGGCGUUGGUUCUCGAGCUUGCUACAAGCCGGGAGUACCCGCUCGACCUGGAAGAUUUCACAGAGCUCUGCACAGUGGCGCUGGUAUACCUCACGUACGAGCAGUUCCAGCAGACGCUCGUGGAGUCACGCAAGCUCGAGGUCCUGCAGCAAGCCUUCGACGACUCGUACACGCAGUUUGACGCCGACGACGCCGACCAGGACGUCCAGGACCAGCUCAAGCAGGUGUGGAACGCUUUCGUGACCGUCUUCUCCGACAUGUCAGCGCUCCCCAGCUUCGCCGCCGCCUACCCGCUCUCCAGCCCGGCCGUGCAGACCUUCACCAGCUGGCUCGGGACGCCCGCGUCUUUGUCGCAUCUCCAGACGGCCGCGUGCCUGUCGCUGGGCAACCUCAGCCGGUCCGACGAGGCAAGCACCGCGCUGGCCAGGGCCGACGGCGUCGUCGGCAGCCUCGCCGCGAUCCUGGCGCGAGCCGUCCCGCAGCAGCAGUCCAGCAGCGGUCCUCCGCCUCCGCCUCUGCCUCCGUCACCGCAACUCACCCACGCAGCGCUUGGCUUCCUCAAGAACCUCGCCAUCCCGCCCGCGAACAAGGCGCUCCUCGGCAGCCGGCUGCUCGCCAGUCCGGGGCCACUACGGGCGCUGUGGACGACGACGACGACGGCGCAGCCGCAGGUGCAGUUCGCCGCCGUGUCGCUGGCGCGGCUGCUGCUGGUCAACUGCGCCGACAACGUGCGGCUCGUGUGCAGCACCACACCCAACAACAACAACAACAACACCACCAGCACCACCAGCCUGCAAACCCUCACAGAACUGCAGCCUCACUUAGACGCCGAGCCGACGCGCAUCGAGAUCGCGCGCGCCGUGUGCGCCGUGUGCCGCGCCCUGCACUCGAGCAGCGACGGCGGCGCCGCGAUCCUCUUGCCCGCCAACACCACGAAUACCGAUGCCGGUACCAGCGCGCUCGCCGACGAUGCACUUACUAGCUUCUACGUGGUGCACGGGACCGGCAUCGCCAGCGCACUCGCGAGCCUACUGACACAGACACGGUUCGCAGCGGUGCGGUCCGAGGCCGUGUUCGUGCUGGCGCUGAUGAGCCGGACCAAUACCAACAACACCAACAACCAGUCCCAGUCCAAGAACCCCGGAGGACAAAUAGCGUUGCAGGUGCUGGCCGCGGCCGGGGUGGUGCGUGUGCUGGCGACGGUCGUGGUGGGAGGAGGAGGAGGAGGAGGAGGAGACGGCACGGAUGGGGAGGUGAAAAAGGAAGUGGAUGCCAUUAUUCUACAGGACGACGACGAUGUGAGCGCCAGGGAGGGGGAGGAGGAACAGCAGCAGCGGUCUACGCCCGAAACGGCAACACCAGUGAAUACACUGGCUAAUGCUACCACUGGAGGACUAGUGGAUGGGCUCGGCUUGGAGCCGCAGCAGGCAGACCCGAAGCAGGCGGCUGGUCUAGCGCGGGUCGACCGCGAGAAUGCGCUGGUGCUGGUGGCAGAGAUCCUGCGGAGCUUCGCCGGCCAGCUGCCGCCCACGCGAAAGGCGACGCUGGAGAGGAUGCUAAGCAAGGGCAGCGAGCUUGUUCGGAAUAAUAGGGAGCAAGUGCAUCCGUAG